AUGGAGAAAGGAGGAAAAUGUAAUCAUGAUCAUGGUGGUGGAGAUGAGGAUCAUGUUUGUAAUCAUGUAGAUUCAAAUGGUGUAUCACAAUCAUUGGACGAAUUGGCCUUUGAAAGAGGUAUUUGGGGCACUGUCAUUUCUGGCAACGCGACCAAAGUAGAAGCAUUACUAAAAAAGGAUGCGUCUUUGACAAACAAGCAAGACAACUCUGGGUACUAUCCUCUACACUAUGCUGUUCGAUCUAUUGAUAAUACAGACAUUGUCGAAUUGUUAUUAGAGUAUGGUGCUCGUGUCAAUGUAUCUACUCCUGGUGGUGCAACUCCUUUACAUCGUGCUUCAUUUUGUGGUUCAAUCAAGAGUUGUAAAUUAUUAACAAAUAAAAAAGAAGAUUGUAAUAUAGAGUUUAUAGAUCAUCAAGAUUCAGAUGGUAUGACUGCACUUCAUAAAGCAUAUCAAAGAGGUCACAAAGAAAUCGUUCAAUUACUCAUUGCCAAAGGUUCAAAUCAAGAAAUCAAAGACAAGAAACAAAAGAAACCAAUCGAUUAUCAAUCAUCAUAA